AUGGACGCCCAAGUCGAAGAAUGGAAGCAGCGCGCGGAAGCGCUCAAGCCUACCAACCCCAAGCAGGUGGAAGGCCCUCUCAGCGAACUCAACGACCAUCUGACUCUCCGGUCAUACAUCGUCGGCUACAACCUCACCGAUGCAGACACGGCAGUCUGGACUACACUCAAAGCCAAUCACGUUGCUACAUCUGCAUUCAUCAAGAGUGGCCGGAUGGUCAAUGUUGCCCGCUGGUUCAACUUCAUCGCAGACACGGCCCAGCCCGCCAUUGACCUGCCCACCCGAGCGAAAGGCGGCGCUGUCGAUGAAGGUGCGAGCUAUGACAUCGGACUUCCGGACACGGAGAAGGGUGUCGUUACUAGGUUUCCACCAGAGCCAUCCGGCUAUCUGCACAUCGGACACGCCAAGGCCGCCUACCUCAACUACUAUUUCGCCCACGUGAAAUAUGACGGCAAGAUGAUAGUGCGGUUCGACGACACCAAUCCCUCCAAGGAGAAGCAAGAGUAUGAGGACUCCAUUCUGGAAGACUGCAAGCUGCUUGGCGUGAAGUACGAUCAGGUCACGUACACAAGCGACUACUUCCAGGACCUCUACGAGCGGUGCGUGCAGAUGAUCAAGGACCGCAAGGCGUAUGCAGACGACACCCCACAGGAGCAGCUAAGGAAGGAGCGCGAGAACCGGAUUGAGAGUUCCCACCGUAACGAUUCUGUCGAAGAUAAUCUAGCGCAUUUCGAGGAGAUGAAGAAAGGCAGCGAAGAAGGAACGAGGUGGUUCGUCAGAGCCAAGAUCGAUAUGAGCAGCAACAACGGCGCAAUGCGAGAUCCUGCCAUCUACCGCUGCAACCCGCAAGCCCAUCAUCGUACCGGCAGCACCUGGAAGAUAUACCCGACCUACGACUUCGCUUGCCCAAUCGUUGACUCCAUCGAAGGUGUCACACAUGCGCUCAGAACGACUGAAUAUAAUGACCGCGACCCGCAGUAUCAGUGGUUCAUUACAGCUCUCAGUCUCCGCAAAGUCCAUAACUGGAACUUCUCACGCAUGAACUUCAUCCGCACACUACUCUCGAAGCGGAAGCUCACCAAGUUGGUUGAUUCAGGCAAAGUCUGGGGCUGGGAUGACCCUCGUAUGGCUACUGUUCGUGGUAUCCACCGCCGCGGCAUGACCAUCCCAGCUCUCCAGGAGUUCAUUCUCAAGCAGGGGCCAAGCAAGAACAUUAACCUGAUGGACUGGACGAGCUUCUGGGCUACCAACAAGAAGUUCAUCGACCCGGUAGCAGCACGCUAUACUGCGGUCGAGACCAACAAUAAAGUGACAUGCACGGUGAUGGGUGCGCCAGAAGCUACCAGGACAGAAGACAAGGACGUGCACGCGAAAAAUCCCGAGCUAGGAAAGAAGAAAGUCGUCUUCAGUAAGAACAUCAUCCUCGAUCAAGCAGACGCGCAGUCCUUCGCCGACGACGAGGAGAUCACGCUCAUGAACUGGGGCAACGCCAUCGUGCGCAAGAAGUCCUUCUCCAUGAACCCGCUCAACCUCAUCAAGUCUUCGGACCAGAAACUCAUCACCAACAUCGAGCUCGAACUCCACUUACAGGGAGACGUCAAGACCACAGCGAAGAAGGUCACAUGGCUGUCGACAGACCAGGAGCUGGUGCCGAUCACGCUGUACGAUUUUGACUUCCUGAUCACGAAAGAUAAGUUGAGCGAGGACGAUCAGCUGGAGGAUGUGCUGACGGAGGUGACGGAGUUCAAGACGGAAGCGCUUGCGGAUUGCAAUGUUGCGGAGCUGAAGAAGGGUGAUAUUGUGCAGUUCGAUCGGAAGGGCUUCUUCAGGAUCGACCAGCCGAUGUUGCAUGGAGGGAGUGUGCAGGCGUUCCAGAUUCCUACGGGUAAGAAGUAG